AUGGUAGACGCACAGCCCACAUGGAAGGACAGAGUUGAAAAAUACAAAAAGCUGGAGGAGCUUUGGAGCAGGAAGCCGCAUGGACAGGCUGAGGAGAUUGUGAGCAUCCUUAAAGAAACGUCAAUACCUGCGCUGGAGGCAGGGCUUUCUGCUAUUACUCCUUUGGCAAAGGCAAAUGCUGUGGGGGAGUACACAAAGGACCUUCUUUCUAUCCUGUUCAAGAACGUAGCGUCAAGCAAGCCAACGAUGAAGAAAACUGUCCGAGAGAUAAUGGCGGCACAGGCCCGGCACAAUCCAUCGCUUGUGGUCGUGGCGGCGAUGGGGUGCAUAAAAGACAAAAACCCAAAGAUAGUGGCGGAAACGAUAAAGAUUUUGUGGGAGAACUCGGCGCUUUUAAUGGAGCAUUUAACAGGCCCGGUGCUUCCGCACGCGCCGUUUUUAUUUGGGCACAGCACAGGCGCAGUUAGGGAGGAGGCCACCAAGCUGUUCCAGAUACUAGCGGAGAAGGAGCCUGAGAGGGUGGGCGAGGCCGUGAAAACACUCAAGCCAAUACAGGUAAAGGAGAUAUUCAAUCCGCGGCCAGAGGCAGAGCGGGCCGAGGAGCCAAGGGCGGCGCCUGUAGAGGCAUGCGCAGAGCCUGCAAGCGAAAAGCAGGCGGCAGCCCCGCAGAGAGAAAGGGCAAGCAGCGCAUCGUCCGGCAACGCAACAAUGAAGGAUGAGCCUUCCCAGAGGAAAGCCGCAGAGUGCAAGAGCGAGGCGCCAAAGUGUGUAGUGAAGGAGCUCCCAAAGAACUUUUACGAGCGAUUUGCGUCUUCUCUAUGGAAGGAAAGGCUCGUGAUGGAGGAGCUUGACGAGCUUCUGGGCGAAAGGGGAACUCUCAGCACGAAGGACAUAGGCGAGGUGACCGAAGCAAUAAUAAAGAAGGCAGGAGAAAGCAACAACAAGGUUAUGAUAGCAGGGAUGUCCGUUGUGCUGAAGAUUGCGCAAAGAGAGAAGCUGCAGGAUGCGCACGCGCUCCGGAUAGCAAAGGCAAUAGAAAAGCGGCUGAAAGACAAAAAAGAGCAGGUCCAGCAGGCGGUUUCCAGCGCAAUUCUGGCGCUGCUAAACCACAGCCGGGCAGGCAUAUUGGCAGAGCUUGUAAACACAGCGUGCACGGACAAAACGCUUCGGCACGGCGUGCUGAAGACGCUUGAAAGUGCCUUGGCCAAAGUGACAGAAAAAGAGGCGGAAGAUGCCAAAGCCAUCAGGGCGCUUGUUCUCUGCACAAAAGACCAAAGCGCAGACACGCGCGGACUGGCAUGCGCAUGCAUGGCAAGGGUGCUUUCCAAAAGAGAGGAGGCUCCCUCGCAGGCGGAAAUUGAGCAGCUGGGCGUGGAAAGGCUUCUUGCUGUAAAGAUAGAGGCGCAGGCAGAGGAGAUGUUCCAGAAAAAAGACGCCGAGAUAAGCGCAAUAAUUGAGUCGCUGUGCGAAAACAUAAGAAACACGUCGAUCAAGAUUUCAGAGCCGGUGACGCCUAUACGAGGAGGCGAGUGCCCCAACACAAGCACUUUGGAGGGAAGCCCCAUAAUUACGCGCUCGCUCCAGAAAGAGAAGCCUGGAAACGUGUUUGCAGGAGAAGCUGCGCCUGCUUCGGCGGUCGAGGCGCACAAGCCGCAGAAAGCGUAUGUGGAGUAUCCUGCGGUGUGCCCAAUAAUGAACUAUGUCAUGACGGGGGAGGUGGAAGGAACUCUUUUGGCCACGCUGGUAAGCGCGCUGGGCGGAAGCCCGCUGGUGGACACUCGGAUACUUUCGAUCCUGUAUGCUGUGAAUCUGCCAGAAGGCAUUGCCAGCCAGCUGCAGGAGAAGAUGGGCGGGCUGUUUGCAUCGGACACACACACCUCUCUGCUGGCGGAGGGCGUGAAAACCAAACUUGCAAGAAAGCUGCAGGAAAAGAACGCGUUUGAGGAGAGGUGCCUGUUUGCUGCGCUUACCGAGGACCUGCUGAAGGGGGAAAGUGUGCCGCAGGAGCGAAUACUUCAUGCUCUUGCUAGUGCAGAGAAGAGGUCCAGCAUAUUGAAGGAGGAGCACGCGUUCAUUAUUGUAAAGGCAGCCGGAGAGAUGGGCUACUUGGAGGCGCUUUCUGGGGUAGAAAGAGUUUUUCCGGCGUCAAAGGUCUUUACGAUUCUCACGACCUUGGCGGAAACCAACAGCGUCUUCCUGGAGAGAAUCUACUUUUUGCUGCAGAAGCCGCACGUGGGCAGCUCGGCGCUUGACGGCGUUCUGAACACCCCAAGGUUUUUGUCGCUUUUGGACAGGUCGGAAGCUCCGGCUGCGCAGAAGGUUCUGAGCAUUCUGAAAAAAGAAAGCAUAGUGGCAGGAUAUUCGCCGUAUGCAAAAAAAGUGCGGAGAACCGAGGGCGCACAGGAUGCGGCAGACAUAAACGCGCUUCUGAACGACAUUAUAGACCAGAACAGCCAGCAGUCGCAGGAGUCGCUGGGGAAGCUGGAAAAGAUUUCUGCAGAAAACAUAAGCGGCCUUCUCAGAAGCGCGUCCACAGUUGUAAAUGUCCUGCUUUUGCAGCUGAACGACGCGCUGUCCUCUGGCGGAAGCAGCUUUAAUGUGCACACAAUUAUAAAGAUCAUAAAAAGGGUCUGCGAAAGCGAAGUUUUCCUGGCCACGCUGGACGCGGGGACUCUUCUGAGCCUGGUCUCAGACUACAUUGUCAUCAUAACCGGGCAGAUUCCGCGGGGAAGCGCCUCCCCAGAAGGGAUCAAAAAGGAGUGCGGGGAAAGCCUUCUGAGAAUGUGCGCCAACGCGCCGUUCCUGCACAUGUUUAAGAUAUACAUGAACCUUCUGUCAAACCGGUACAGAGAGGAGAAGGUUCGAGAGAUUCUGGUGAAGCUUCUGUGGAAGCACUCAAAGAUGACCUCGUCCGUGGUGGCAGACAAAGCGGUUGUUCUGGGGAUGGUCAGCAGGCUAAACACGUUCUAUGCAGAGUACAGAGGCGACAUAAAAAGCGAGCCUUUAAUAUCAAAAGUGCUGCAGCUGCAUUUGAUAGAGAUACUCAAGCACUACGGGGACGACUUUCUUCGGACGUUCAAGGUGACAGGCCCUGUGCUGCAGCAGGUGCAUGCGCUGGGCGGGCUGAGGACAUAG